UUUUAGCCUCUGUAAGGCCACGAACACAAUCGAAAAAUUUCUUAAACCUGUUUCUGUUUGAUUUUGUUUGCUGAAUUCUUUACCGGCGAAGUUUCGGAGCUCUCAUGGCGGGAAAAGGAGAAGGUCCGGCGAUCGGUAUCGAUCUCGGGACGACGUACUCGUGUGUAGGAGUGUGGCAACACGACCGUGUUGAGAUCAUCGCUAAUGACCAAGGUAACCGUACGACGCCGUCGUACGUCGCCUUCACUGACACCGAGCGUCUAAUCGGAGACGCCGCGAAGAACCAGGUCGCGAUGAAUCCUACCAACACCGUGUUUGAUGCCAAGCGUCUCAUCGGUAGAAGAUACAGCGAUCCAUCGGUCAAAGCCGACAUGAAACUGUGGCCAUUCAAGGUCAUUUCAGGUCCUGGUGACAAACCUAUGAUCGUGGUCAAUUACAAGGGCGAGGAAAAACAGUUCUCUGCGGAGGAGAUCUCUUCCAUGGUUCUUACGAAGAUGCGUGAGAUUGCCGAGGCUUAUCUCGGCACGUCCGUGAAGAACGCCGUGGUCACCGUACCGGCUUAUUUCAAUGACUCUCAACGUCAAGCCACCAAAGACGCCGGUGUCAUUUCCGGCCUCAACGUCAUGCGUAUCAUCAACGAGCCCACUGCAGCUGCCAUAGCUUACGGUCUCGACAAGAAAGCUUCGAGUGUUGGCGAGAAGAACGUUUUGAUCUUUGAUUUGGGCGGUGGAACUUUCGAUGUCUCGUUGCUUACCAUCGAAGAGGGUAUCUUCGAAGUUAAGGCAACUGCCGGUGACACUCACCUUGGAGGUGAGGACUUUGACAACAGAAUGGUGAAUCAUUUUGUUCAGGAGUUCAAGAGGAAACACAAGAAAGACAUUAGCGGAAACCCAAGAUCUCUGAGGAGAUUGAGGACAGCUUGCGAAAGGGCGAAGAGAACCCUCUCGUCCACCGCUCAGACGACGAUUGAGAUCGAUUCCUUGUACGAGGGUAUCGAUUUUUACACCACAAUUACCCGUGCGAGGUUUGAGGAGCUCAACAUGGAUCUCUUCAGGAAAUGCAUGGAGCCAGUGGAGAAGUGUCUGAGAGAUGCUAAGAUGGACAAGAACAGUGUCCAUGACGUUGUCCUCGUUGGUGGGUCCACUAGAAUCCCUAAGGUGCAGCAACUUUUGCAGGAUUUCUUCAAUGGCAAGGAGCUUUGCAAGAGCAUUAACCCGGACGAAGCUGUUGCCUAUGGUGCAGCCGUUCAAGCCGCCAUCUUGAGCGGUGAGGGCAACGAGAAGGUACAAGACCUCUUGUUAUUGGAUGUCACGCCAUUAUCACUGGGUCUUGAGACGGCAGGCGGAGUUAUGACAGUGUUGAUACCAAGAAACACUACGAUUCCAACCAAGAAAGAACAGGUCUUCUCGACUUAUUCGGACAACCAGCCCGGUGUCCUGAUCCAGGUCUACGAAGGGGAACGGGCCCGGACAAAGGACAACAACCUCUUGGGCAAGUUUGAGCUGACGGGCAUUCCACCCGCACCGAGAGGUGUCCCUCAAAUCAAUGUCUGCUUUGACAUCGACGCCAACGGUAUCCUGAAUGUGUCAGCCGAGGACAAGACCACGGGACAGAAGAACAAGAUCACGAUCACAAACGACAAAGGAAGGCUGUCCAAGGAAGAGAUCGAGAAGAUGGUCCAAGAAGCUGAGAAGUAUAAGGCCGAGGACGAGGAACACAAGAAAAAGGUCGAGGCCAAGAACGCGCUCGAGAAUUAUGCGUACAACAUGAGGAACACGAUCCGGGAUGAGAAGAUCGGGUCGAAACUUAAACCCGAAGACAAGAAGAAGAUCGAGGAUGCCAUCGAGCAAGCAAUCCAGUGGCUCGAUGGAAACCAGCUCGCGGAAGCUGACGAGUUCGAGGAUAAGAUGAAAGAGCUUGAGAGUAUAUGCAAUCCGAUCAUAGCUCAGAUGUACCAAGGCGGUGCUGGAGCUGACAUGGACGGUGCUGGUGGAAUGGAUGAUGAUUGUGCUCCUUCGGCUGGCGGUGGCCGCGGUGCUGGUCCGAAGAUUGAAGAAGUCGAUUAAGCGGAGAUCGAGUCAAUUUCUUGACCAAGUCUCUGCCGCUAUCUUUCUUCCCAGUUUCUUGGAUUUCCCGGUUAUGGUACUGCGGUUGUAGACACCGGUUAUGUUGUUUUAAAUACCGGUUUUGUUUUCUUUUCGUGUAAUGAAAUUUAAUAACUUGCAUGUGAUGUGAAGUAAAAACGUAUGCAUUAUAGGGGUUCGAUUUAGGUUUGAUU